AUGGGUAAAUCUUUAUCACCAGAAGUACCGCAGUAUCCAUAUUAUGCCGGUUGGAUACCCAGGGAAUAUGCUGAAAGACUGAUAACGGCAAACGGCGAAUUUUUAGUUCGAAAUACUCAAAGAGAAAAAGGUGGAACAGAUUUAGUACUUUCUGCGAAAUUUGAGGACCAGUUUUGGCACUAUAUUAUUUUUUAUGAUGGAAGCAAGUAUUAUUUCAAGUCACAAGUGAUGACAAAAUCAUCAGUUCAUGAAUUGAUUGAGCACUAUGUAUUUUCACAACAACCCGUCGGCAAACAGGGCGUCGUAUUGAAAAAGCCUUUUGUACGACCAAAAAACUUUUACGAAGACGAGCAAGUGGAGAUGAAAAAAAAAAUAGGGGCAGGAAGUUUUGGCGAAGUAUACUACGGGAUAUUUCACGCUGAUACGGUUACUGAGUGUGCGGUAAAAAGUAUUAAAUCGGGUUCUGAGAAUGUCGAAAGUAUUAAAAGAGAACGAACAAAAUUUGUUAGAGAGGCAUUCACAAUGUUAAAGUUAUGCCAUCCAAACAUACUCGCUGCAUAUGGACUUUUGUUUGACAAAGACCCGGUUAAAUUGGUCAUGGAAUACGCACCAGACGGUUCUCUAGACAAGUACUUGAAAAACGCGACUACUGAAGAAGCUCCAGUAAGCGUUCUUGAACGAUUCGGCGCCGAUGCUGCUAAAGGCUUAGAAUAUCUCGCUACUAUGAAGGUUAUUCAUGCAGAUAUUGCUGCUAGAAACUGCCUUGUUGGUAUAGACAAAGUGCUAAAGAUUACAGACUUUGGUCUUUCGCAUACUGGUUACAGAACAGUCAGAUUAAAGGAAAUGAAUUAUGCUCCGGUGAAAUGGAUGGCUCCAGAAGCGAUUAAUAAGUUUGAAUUGUCAAGUAAAACUGAUGUUUGGGCAUACGGAGUGCUUUUAUGGGAGAUCUUCUCGCGAUGCAAAACGGAGCCUUACCCACAGAUGACUGUACAACAGAUAACAAAACAUAUUAAUAAGGUAAAACCUCCAUUGAAUUUGCCAGAAGAAAUGCCGGAACUCUACAAGAAGGUUACGAUGCAAUGUUUUGAAACGGAUCCGUCAAAAAGAAUUUCCGCAGAAAAAAUUGUUAAACUCUGCGAAAAAGCUGCAGUUGAGAAGGAGUUACAAUUUUAG